CAUGUUCAAAUCCAAGAGCGGGGAGACGCCGCUGCAUUUGGCUUGCCGCGGCUGUCGAGCCGACGUCGUGCGCCACCUCAUCGAGUUCGUGAAGGAAAAGCGGGGCGCCGACACGGCCACGAGCUACGUGAACAGCCUGACCUUCGAAGGCGCGAGCGCCCUCCACUACGCCGCCCAAAUCGAGCCGAGCGAGGUAGUGCACGAGGGAGACGACCGGGCGGUCGUACGGGCCCUCCUCGAGAGCGGCGCCGACGUCAGCCUCCAGACCAAACAGGCCCAAGAGUCGGCCUUCCACUACUGCGCCCUGGCGGGCAACAACGCCGUCCUCUCCGAGAUGAUAAGCCACAUGACGGUCACCGACGUCCAAAAAGCCGUCAACCGGCAAUCGGCCGUAGGGUGGACGCCCCUCCUCAUAGCCGCCCAACGCGGCCACAUGGACCUCGUGAACAACCUCCUGGCCAACCACGCCCGAGUCGACGUGUUCGACCUCGAGGGCCGCUCUGCCCUGCACUUGGCCAGCGAGCACGGCUACCUCGAGGUCUGCGACGCCCUAUUGGCCAGCAAGGCCUUCAUCAAUUCGAAAUCCCGGGUCGGCCGGACGGCCCUCCACCUCGCCGCCAUGAACGGCAACGCCCACCUGGUGCGCUUCCUCGUCCAGGACCACGGGGCGGCCAUAGACGUGCUGACCCUGAGGAAACAGACGCCCCUGCACUUGGCGGCCGGGCUCGGGCAGCUGCAGGUGUGCCAGAUGCUCCUUGAGCUGGGGGCGAGCAUCGACGCGACGGACGACCAGGGCCAGAAGCCCAUACACGCGGCAGCGAUGAACAACUACGCCGAGGUCGCCCAGUUGUUUUUGCAGCGCCACCCGAGCCUCGUCAUGGCUUGCACCAAGGACGGCAACACCUGCGCCCACAUAGCCGCCAUGCAAGGGUCGGUGCGGGUGAUCGAGGAGCUGAUGAAGUUCGACCGGCAGGGGGUGAUAUCGGCGCGCAACAAGCUGACCGAGGCGACGCCGUUGCAAUUGGCGGCGGAGGGUGGCCACGCGGAGGUGGUUAAGGCGCUGGUGAGGGCCGGGGCGAGCUGCGCGGACGAGAACAGGGCAGGAUUCACGGCGGUGCAUCUAGCGGCCCAACACGGACACGGACAGGUACUCGAGGUCAUGCGCUCGACCCAGAGUCUCCGCAUAUCCAGCAAGAAGCUCGGGGUCACCGCCCUACACGUCGCCGCCUACUUUGGACAAGCCGACACGGUGAGGGAGUUGCUGACCCACGUCCCGGGCACCGUGAAAUCCGAGCCACCGAGCGGGAGUUCGCUGGUCAGCGAAUUGGGCAGCGAGUCCGGCAUGACGCCCCUGCACUUGGCUGCGUAUUCCGGCAACGAGAACGUCGUCAGAUUGUUGCUGAAUUCUGCCGGCGUGCAGGUCGAGGCCGCGACGACGGAGAACGGGUUCAAUCCAUUGCAUUUGGCCUGUUUCGGUGGUCACAUAACGGUCGUCGGCCUGCUGCUGAGUAGAUCGGCCGAGUUGUUGCACAGCGCGGACAGAAACGGCAAGACGGGGCUGCACAUAGCCUCGACCCACGGCCACUACCAAAUGGUCGAGGUGUUGCUCGGCCAAGGGGCCGAGAUCAACGCUACGGACAAGAACGGCUGGACGCCGCUGCAUUGCGCCGCCCGGGCCGGCUACCUAGACGUCGUCCAGCUGCUGGUCCAGAGCGGGGCCUCCCCCAAGAGCGAGACCAACCUCGGCAGCGCCCCCAUAUGGUUCGCCGCGUCCGAGGGACACAACGACGUACUCAAGUACCUCAUGGAGAAGGAACACGACACCUACGCCCUCAUGGAGGACAAACGGUUUGUGUACAACAUGAUGGUGUGCAGCAAGAGCCACAACAACAAGCCGAUCGAGGAGUUUGUCCUGGUUUCGCCGGCACCCGUCGACACCGCCGCCAAACUCUCCAACAUCUACAUGAAGCUCUCGGAGAAGGAGAAGGAACGGGCCAAGGACUUGAUAGCCGCAGGCAAACAGUGCGAGGCGAUGGCCACGGAGCUGUUGGCCCUGGCCGCGGGGGCGGACUCGGCGGGCCGAAUCCUCACGUCGAUGGACCGGCGGAACGUCGAGUUUUUGGACGUUCUGAUAGAAAACGAACAAAAGGAGGUGAUUGCCCACACGGUGGUUCAGCGCUACCUCCAAGAGUUGUGGCGUGGCAGCCUCAACUGGAACGCCUUUCGCACGAUACUGCUCUUCAUACUGUUCGUCAUAUGCCCACCCGUGUGGGUGGUGUUCGCCCUGCCCCUCGGCCACAAGUACAACAACGUGCCCAUCAUAAAGUUCAUGUCUUAUCUGACCUCGCACAUCUACCUCAUGGUCUUUCUCGCCCUGGUCGGCAUACUGCCCGUCUACACGGUCAACCGGACACCCCUGACGCCCUACUGGUACGAGUGGUGUUUGCUGGUCAUGCUCUCGGGUCUGUUGCUCUUCGAGUUGACGAACCCGAGCGACAAGAGCGGCCUCGGCUGGAUCAAGCUGGCCGUCCUGCUGUUCGGCAUCUUCGGGGUGGCCUUCCACCUGCUGGGCUACUUCGACCUCGUCGGGGUCGAGAACUACGGGACCCUGCUCUACCUGCGCAACCAGCUCUUCGCCCUGAGCUUUCUCCUCGCUUGCGUCCAGAUCCUCGACUUUUUGUCCUUUCACCACCUCUUCGGGCCCUGGGCCAUCAUCAUCGGCAACCUCAUGAAGGACCUGGCCCGCUUCCUCGCGGUCCUCGCCAUCUUCGUCUUUGGCUUCUCCAUGCACUUUGUCGCCCUCAACCAGGCCUUCAAGGAGAAGACCUCCACCAAACAGAAGACGCCCUUCUCCGACGUGGUAGUAUGGCCCCACCAAACGAUCGAGCUGCUCUUCUUCGCGAUAUUCGGCCAAACGACCCACGAUAGCUUCAGAAUAGUCUCGCGGGACAGACAGGAGACCUGGUCGACGGCCCUAUUCAAAAUGGCCUUUGGUGUGUACAUGCUGGUGUCGGUCGUCGUCCUCAUCAACCUCCUGAUUGCCAUGAUGAGCGACACGUACCAGAGGAUACAGGCCCAAUCAGACAUCGAGUGGAAGUACGGAUUGAGUAAACUCAUACGCAACAUGCACAGAACGACGACGGCCCCGUCACCCCUGAACCUGGUGACCUCGUGGCUGUUGUACCUGUUCCGGCUGUGCAGCCGGCGGGGCCACAUAAAGGAGCGGCCCUCUCUGGCCAACAUGAUGGGCCUGCGUCGGAGCGGACGGCUCUCGGCGCGCUCCAAGAUGGGGGCCAAGUGGCUGUCCAAGGUGAGGAAGACGCCCUCGCAGGUGGGACACAAGGACAGCCUGACCUUGUCGGCGAUGCGACUGGGCGGCUCCCUGGGUAGCCAAGUGUCGUUCGGCGGGGCAACGCGCGUCGAGACGGUCGUCGACUGGGACUUGGUGCGCCGUAAGUACCGGGAGCUCAGGGGCGAGCUGGCCGACCUGGCCUCCGGCAAAUCGGCCAAGGACGACGCUGCCAAGGACGACGCCGAGUCGGAUAUCACUCCCGAGGACAGCAGCUCCAGUCCCGUGGGCAGCCAAGCCACCCUCAUCGCCACGUCGACCUAAACUCCCUCUCACCGCGUCGCCCCUACACCCCCCCACAAUCUCGUUCAUUCAUCCAUCCACAUCCGUGAUUUGGCUCAACGUUAUGGACUUUCAGCGAUGCGGUUAGUUGCGUAACUUGUAACGCCACAUAGCUGUCUCGUGUUAUUGUUGUUGCAGUACAUCCAUGUGUAGUCGGCAAAAUAACAUUAGUAACUGUUUUGUCUAUAUAAGUGCACCCCGUAGGUGUAGAAAUUGUUGUAUGUAGUAGUUUUUUUGUGACUUGCGGAUCUUUACAUAUCCCCGUGCGUGUAGAUGAUGCAUAUCGAAACCCACUGACCUUGUACGAGGCACAUACAUCCGACGAGGUGAUUGAUAAAUUUGUCCAACUAGCUGGUAGAAGAGUACAUCGUUUCACCGAAUGAUUGUAGUUA